UUUUUUUUGAUUUUUUAGUGAAAUAGAAAAAUGAAAUUUUCUGACUUUACAAGACAUUUUACUCAAAGAGUAUUUUUGGAUGCAUUUUCCUCUUUUGAAGGAACGAUUGAUUUGGUUUGGGAUGGAAAAAAGAUGAUGAGGCUGUUGAAUUUGAUUGUAACCCCCAAUUUGUUGUCACAAAAUUUAAAUGUUGGAAAGAAUUAUUCUUUAAAUAAUCCUGGAUAUUCCAACGCUGCAAACCUUGUAUUUCUUCUUUAUGCUACUCAAACAUCUAUUGAAUUGGUCAAAAAUUGGUUACGAAAAUUGGAUGAUAGGUGUCAAUGCUCUGUCCACCUAUUUUUCAUUCCAGAAAAGACUUACACUCUCACAGAACGUUUAAAAGACGAUAAAUCAGUUUGGGACAAAAUUUGUACAAUUAAAAGUCUUCCAGUCAAUUGGUUCCCUUCAGAACAAUCUUCAUUAAUUUCAAUGGAUUUACCCCAAUUACCUCCACAAUUAUUUAUUAAUGGAGAUUGGAAUUUUCUUUUUCAAUGUGCAAAAGCUUUAAAACAAUUGGUUGAUCAAUUUAAUCGUUUGCCUAAUUUUUAUUCGAAAGGAAAAUGGUCGUUGAGAAUUUUGGAAAUUAUGAAGAAACAAAUUGAAAGUACACCAAAGAAAGCCUUGGAUUCCACCAAAAACGAAUUUCGAAAUAUUUCUGAUGUUGUUCUAAUUGAUAGAUGGAUUGAUCCGCUUACGCCUAUGUUAAGACAAUCUACAUUUGGUGGGGUCUGUGAUGAGCUGUUUGGAAUUGAUUCUAGAGGAAUAAUAAAAAUCCCUGCAGAAGAAUCUUCUGAUGAUAAACCUGAAAAAUCAAAGAAAGACGAAUUUGAAGAAAUUCAAUUAAACGACCAAGUUUACGAACAAUUACAAGAUUUGUCUGUUGGGGGAGUUGCUUUAAAAUUGAGAGAAAUUGUUGAUGAACUGAAAGGGGAAGAAUUGCAAAGAAAAUCUCUCGAUUCUGUUGCUCAAUACAAAAAUUUCAUAGCAAAAUUGCCCAAUGUUGUUGUUAAGCGUAAAUCAACGGGAAUAUUUAUGCGCCUUGCAGGAGUUGUUCAACAGCGAGAAUCUGAUGAUUUUUAUAGAGGAUUAUUGCGGUGUGAACAAGAAAUUAUGCGCAAUCCACAACAUGAUAAGACUCAUCCAUUUAUUGAAAAUUCACUUAUUGAAAUGAGAGAAAUCAAUUCAAUUUUGCGUCUUAUAAUUUUACAGUCAUUAAUUUCAAAUGGGUUGAAAUCUUCUGUUCUUCAGACUUAUACAAAGCUGAUUGUUCAAAGAAAAAAAGAAGUCAAGACUGACAACAACCGAUUUUUUAAAAAUAUUUCCCCUUUUAUUUUUCAGAGUUAUGGAAUAUCAGAAUUAAAAUUGUUAUUAAAAUUACAACUUGCUGGUUUAGUAAAAGAUGAAAAUUUUUGUGAAAAGAGAUGGGACGUUUCUUACACUCCUGGCAAUUUUAAUCAAUUAAUUAGAAAAUACAAAUUUGCGUUGGCUGAUUUGGAUGAUUUGAGAAAAACAGAAGUCAAAAUAGGCAAGCCAUCCCUCUUAAUUAGAAUAAUAGAAGAAGGAUUACAAAAAGAAUGGAUAGAUUUUAACAAAACUUUAAUGGAAACAACAACAGAAAACAACCAAAAUUUCCAACAAAAAGAAAAUUCUUUUUCUGAAGAAAAUAAACAAACAUUAAUUUUUGUUAUUGGAGGGAUAACUAGAACAGAAAUGUCUAUUUUAAAUUCUUUACCUUUUAAAAUAUUUUGUUGCACUACAGAUUUUAUGAAUUCUAAUGAUUUGAUUAAUUCAUUUAGAUUUUAA